AUGAUUAUUAAGGUACCAUCAUCAUCAUCAUCCUUCUUCUGUCUCCUCCUCUUAUUGGUCUUCCUUUUGGCCACUUCCAUUGCUGCUCCUUCUUCUUCUUCAUUCAGAGUAGUUGAUUCCACUUCCAUUAAUAAUUAUGGUUUUGAUCAUCAACGAGGAGCAAUGGAGGCUCUCCUUCAAUGGAAGUCCAGCCUUAUUCAUCUUCGUUAUAACAAUUCUCGUCCACUACUUCCUUCAUGGACACUACAAAUGAUGGCAGCAAAUGGAAGCAGCAGCAGUAGCACCAACCCAUGCAAGUGGGAGGGAAUUACUUGCAAUGAGGCAGCAGCUGGAGUCAUCACCAUAAUAAACCUACCCAGCAUGGAUUUGCAAGGUACGCUCCAUCACUUUAACUUCUCAUCCUUCCCUGCCCUACUCCGUCUUGAUCUCCAUGACAAUUCACUUUUUGGACCCAUCCCACCCACCAUUGCCAACCUUUCCAAACUCACCCACCUCCAUCUCUGCAUCAAUCGCUUCUCUGGGAACAUCCCAUCACAGAUUUCCCUAUUGAUGAUGACUCUUACUGAGCUUGAUUUGCACGAUAACAAUCUCACCGGCUCAAUCCUUGUAGCUUUAGGUGCUUUGAAGAAUCUGAAAAUUCUACAUCUCGGUGAAAAUCAACUUUCUGGUCCUAUUCCCCGUGGAAUAUUUGGGAACCUUAGCAGCCUCACUGUGCUUAAUGUCUCUGCCAAUUACUUCCUAAAUGGUUCGAUUCCUAACACCGUUGGAAAUUUGAGCAAGUUAAACAUCAUAGACCUCUCUGUCAAUUCUCUCUCUGGUUCCAUUCCAAUGGAAAUUGGAAACUUGAGAUCUCUUAUUCUACUACAUUUGGGGCUCAAUAGUCUCACUGCUUCAAUACCUUCUUCUUUUGGAAAUUUGAGCAAGCUAAACUUCAUAUAUCUUGGUUCAAAUUCCCUCUCUGGUUCCAUUCCAAUUGAAAUUGGAAACCUGACCAAUCUUCAUGAGCUAAAAUUGUGGGGAAACCGUCUUACAGGCUCUAUCCCUCCAGAAAUUGGAAACUUGAAAUCUCUUACUUAUCUUAGUUUGGCGUUCAAUUGUCUCAGUGGUUCAAUACCUGCUUCUUUUGGAAAUUUGAGCAAGCUAAACUUCUUACAACUGUAUAACAAUUCACUCUCUGGUUCCAUUCCAAUGGAGAUUGGAAACCUGAUCAAUCUUCAUGAGCUAGAGUUGGAGUAUAAUUUUUUGACAGGUGCAAUCCCUCCAGAAAUUGGAAACUUGAGAUCUCUUAUUCUACUACAUUUGGGGUCCAAUAGUCUCACUGGUUCAAUACCUUCUUCUUUUGGAAAUUUGAGCAAGCUAAACUUCAUAUACCUUGGUUCAAAUUCACUCUCUGGUUCCAUGCCAAAGGAAAUUGGAAACCUAACCAAUCUUCAUGAGCUAAAAUUGUGGGGAAACAGUCUUACAGGCUCUAUCUCUCCAGAAAUUGGAAACUUGAGAUCUCUUAAUUAUCUUAGUUUGGGGGAAAAUAGUCUCACUGGUUCAAUACCUGCUUCUUUUGGAAAUUUGAGCAAACUAAACUUCUUACACCUGUAUAACAAUUCACUCUCUGGUUCCAUUCCAAUGGAAAUUGGAAAUCUGACCUAUCUUCAUGAGCUAAAAUUGUGGGGAAAUCGUCUUACAGGCUCUAUCCCUCCAGAAAUUGGAAACUUGAAAUCUCUUACUUAUCUUAGUUUGGCGUUCAAUUGUCUCAGUGGUUCAAUACCUGCUUCUUUUGGAAAUUUGAGCAAGCUAAACUUCUUACAACUGUAUAACAAUUCACUCUCUGGUUCCAUUCCAAUGGAGAUUGGAAACCUGAUCAAUCUUCAUGAGCUAGAGUUGGAGUAUAAUUUUUUGACAGGUGCAAUCCCUCCAGAAAUUGGAAACUUGAGAUCUCUUAUUCUACUAAAUUUGGGGUCCAAUAGUCUCACUAGUUCAAUACCUUCUUCUUUUGGAAAUUUGAGCAAGCUAAACUUCAUAUACCUUGGUUCAAAUUCACUCUCUGGUUCCAUGCCAAAGGAAAUUGGAAACCUAACCAAUCUUCAUGAGCUAAAAUUGUGGGGAAACAGUCUUACAGGCUCUAUCUCUCCAGAAAUUGGAAACUUGAGAUCUCUUAAUUAUCUUAGUUUGGGGGAAAAUAGUCUCACUGGUUCAAUACAUGCUUCUUUUGGAAAUUUGAGCAAACUAAUCUUCUUACACCUGUAUAACAAUUCACUCUCUGGUUCCAUUCCAAUGGAAAUUGGAAACCUGACCUAUCUUCAUGAUCUAAAAUUGUGGGGAAAUCGUCUUACAGGCUCUAUCCCUCCAGAAAUUGGAAACUUGAGAUCUCUUACUUAUCUUAGUUUGGCGUUCAAUUGUCUUAGUGGUUCAAUACCUGCUUCUUUUGGAAAUUUGAGCAAGCUAAACUUCUUACACAUGUAUAACAAUUCACUCUCUGGUUCCAUUCCAAUGGAAAUUGGAAACUUGAGAUCUCUUAAUUAUCUUAGUUUGUGGGGAAAUAGUCUCACUGGUUCAAUACCUGCUUCUUUUGGAAAUUUGAGCAAGCUAAACUUCUUACACCUAUAUAACAAUUCACUCUCUGGUUCCAUUCCAAUGGAAAUUGGAAACCUAGCCCAUCUUCAUGAGCUAAAAUUGUACUAUAACCGUCUUACAGGCUCUAUCCCUCCAGAAAUUGGAAACUUGAGAUCUCUUACUUCUCUUGGUUUGAGUCUUAAUAAUCUCACUGGCACGCUUCCUGCUUCUUUUGUAAAUUUGACCAAUCUAGUUUAUAUUGGUCUUCAUUACAACCAAUUGUCUGGUCAAGUACCCAAGGGGAUCAACAAUUUUACAAAAUUACAAUCCUUGCAUCUUGGAGACAAUCAUUUUACCGGGUAUUUACCACAACACAUAUGCAAUAGUGUGUCACUCACAUCAAUUUCUGCAGAUAGUAACCAUUUCAUAGGCCCGAUUCCCAAAAACAUGAUAAACUGCACCAGUCUAACAAUGGUCCGGCUUCAAAACAACCAUCUGACGGGAAACAUAUCAGAAGUAUUCGGUGUUUACCCGAAUUUAACUUACAUCGAUCUAAGCUACAAUCAAUUGUCUGGUGAGAUUUCACAAAAUUGGGCAAAGUGCCUAAAAUUAUUAGGCCUAAAAAUCUCAGGAAACAAGAUUUCUGGUCAAAUACCACCUGAGCUUGGAGACUCAACUCAAUUGCAAGGACUCGAGCUUUCUUCGAAUCUCCUGGUUGGACAGAUUCCAAUAGAAAUGGGGAGGCUUAGCUCUUUGGUGACACUAAAGUUGAACGACAACCAACUCUCUGGAACCGUACCUAAGGAGGUGGGAUUGCUCUCCAAACUUCAGCAACUUGACCUCUCAAUGAACAACCUAUGGGGGUCUGUUCCAAAUCAACUAGGGAAAUGCACAAAUCUUAUUUACUUGAAUUUGGGCAAGAAUAGAUUCAGCAGAAGCAUUCCAGAUGAAAUUGGUAAUUUAGUUUCCCUACAGAUGCUACUGGACCUUAGUUGUAACUUGUUCACAGGAGAGAUCCCUCCACAGUUUGGAAGGUUGGACAAGUUAACAAAUUUGAAUCUCUCUCAUAAUAAGUUGUUCGGCUCCUUUCCAUCUACUGUCGCUACAAUGCUCAGCUUGAUAACCGUUGAUGUAUCCUACAAUGAGUUAGAGGGUCCACUACCUGAUAAUCGAGCCUUCCAAAAUGCUCCAAUGGAAGCUUUCAUUCACAAUAAAGGUUUGUGUGGCAAUGCCACAGGUUUACGACCUUGCAUUUCUAAGCUAUCCCCAAAAGAGAGCCACAAAGUCAUCCUUAUUAUGAUCAUAUCUCUCUUAGCAAUACUGUUGUUUCUUCUAUUUGCAUUUCUUGGGACUUUUUUGUAUUUUUGCCGCCGGAGGAAGAGAUGCAUAGAAGAGGAGAAUCCAAUUUCAAACCAACAACGUCGUAGAGAAGAACUGUUUACAAUAUGGAAUUAUGAUGGGAGGAUAGCAUACCAAGAAAUCAUUGAAGCAACUGAGCAAUUCGACCCAAAAUAUUGCAUUGGCAUGGGAAGACAUGGAAGUGUUUAUAAAGCAGAGUUGUCAUCAGGUCAACUAGUAGCUGUUAAGAAGUUCACAUCUUCUUCGGAUGAUGACGACGAGAUUUCUGAUCCAGAAACUUUCAGAAACGAAAUUCAAAUGAUGACAGAAGUGCGACAUCGAAACAUCGUGAAAAUGUACGGUUUUUGUUCCCACAUGCGGCACUCGUUUUUGGUAUAUGAAUAUGUGGAGAGAGGAAACUUGGCUAAGAUCCUAAGCAUAGAAGUAGAAGCAGUAGAACUGGAUUGGAUUAGAAGGUUUAAUAUUGUUAAAGGUGUAGCCGAGGCUCUAGCUUACUUGCACCAUGACUGCUCACCCCCAAUAAUUCAUCGAGACAUAUCGAGCAAAAACAUUUUGUUGGAUUCAAACUUUGAGCCUCAUGUAUCGGACUUCGGCAUUAGUAGACUUCUAAAACCCGAUUCAUCCCAUUGGACAGCUCUUGCAGGAACAUAUGGAUACUUUGCACCAGAGCUUGCUUACACAAUGAGGGUGACUGAAAAAUGUGAUGUUUAUAGUUUUGGCAUAGUAACAAUGGAAGUGAUAAUGGGAAAGCAUCCUAGAGAAUGUAUCUCUACUUUGCCAUCAUUAUCUUCAAUUGAGCAAAACAUGUGGCUGAAGGAUAUAGUUGACCAGCGGAUCUCACCUCCCACAAAUCAGUUUGUUGAGAAAUUGGUUUCGCUUAUGAAGUUGGCAUUUUCUUGUUUGCAUGAAAAUCCACAAUCUCGGCCAACCAUGCAACAAGUGUCUCAAGAGCUACCAAUUUGCAAAAUUUCUUAA